GUGCUCAAGGCUCAGAGCGAGGCUUGGAACGUAAGAACGGCGUGUAUUUGUUGCGGCUUCCGGUAGUAGUGGUCGGAGCGGGACAUGGCGAAGCAUCAUCCAGAUCUAAUUUUCUGCAGGAAGCAGGCGGGAGUAGCUAUCGGACGCCUGUGUGAGAAGUGUGAUGGAAAGUGUGUGAUUUGUGACUCGUACGUACGUCCCUGCACGCUGGUGCGCAUCUGUGACGAAUGCAAUUAUGGUUCAUAUCAAGGACGUUGUGUGAUCUGUGGGGGUCCAGGGGUGUCUGAUGCCUAUUACUGCAAAGAAUGCACAAUUCAGGAAAAAGAUAGAGAUGGCUGCCCUAAAAUUGUAAAUUUAGGAAGCUCCAAAACAGAUCUGUUCUACGAACGCAAGAAAUACGGUUUCAAGAAGAGGUGAUCUGAUCGCUGGAUUGGGGUCUUUGUGUGACGUUUGUUUGAAGGGAGGAUCUGUGCACAUUUGUAACAUUAAAAUGUUUGUUUAUACGUCGGUCUGAGAGCCAUUUAUAGACUCUGGCCCAGGUAGACUGAGGUUAAGAUUGUUGUCAUUUUUUUAGGCUUGUAAAAUAAAGUCUGAACUUUUAUAAA